GACCUUUCUCUCACCCGCCUGUGCUGACUCUACGGAGUUCGUAUGUCGCUCUACGCCCGACUUUUUGUGUUAUAAAAGACACAUCAAUCCUUUGUCAUGCUACCUAAGGUAGCGAAUCAGCUCAUCCACCACACAUCUCGCGCUGUCGCGGUAGUUCAGAACCAAACUGGUCAUACUAUCCGAAAUGUUCUUCAUCUCCAGACCUCGACUCCUGCGACGGUAGGAAACCGCAAUGGUACUGGAUCGUCCAGCUCCGGAAAGAGCAGCAAUGGCGCGGGCGCAGGAGGAGCGAGGCAAAGCGGUAGUAGUCGAUUCUACAGCAGCUACUCGGCUUUGAGCAGGUCUGUCACUCAGGCAGACCCCUCGCUGCUUCAUUCUGCGACCAUCGAACUCGUUGACGAUGUGGAAGAGGCUCCAGUUGCAUCUCCCUCUACCACGAGCUCAGCGCGCCGCAUGCGACAUCGUGCGCGUAGCCAUAGUGUGACACCUGGAGUUCACGACACCAAGGCCGAAAAGAUAGGCCUUCUUCAAGCCUUGCGACAGCAUGUUCGCGCCCGACACGCCUUCGCUACCGCCGAUACCGCGUCCGCUCGCGCUCUCGGAGCCGCGGAUGAAGCUGAAGCAUUUCCGAAGCAGUCAGACGAUACGGAGGAUCUCCAGGCCGCAGAACGUAUAGCGGAGCAGGAAGAGCUCAUUAGCGCAUUCCAGGCGACUCGAACUCCUGAAGACGCUGAGAGGCUGCUCAUGAGUGUCGUCAAACUUCGCGAAUCUGCUCAUGCUCAUGACACGUACGUGUAUAAUGAGGCACUCAAUGCUCUUCUUCGCAUUCGCGAACCUGGUCAACACAUCCGAACGAUCCUCGAACUCUAUAAUCAUAUGAUCUCCCACUCCGUUAUCCCCGAUGUCCAGACUUACAAUGCCCUCGUCAUUGCUCUAACGGAUCGCGACCAAGAACUCCAGAAGAAGAUUGUGCAGCUUGAAGAGCGGGCUAGGAUUCUCAUCGCUCUCGACAGAUUUACACCUCAGGCACGUCGCGUCCACGAGCACAAAAUUGCGAUACUUCGGGCAGAGAACAAUCUUUCGUCAGCCAUGUUGCUAUUCCAAGCAGCAUGUCACAUUCCCCGGCACAACAUCUCGUAUCCGGUUUAUGCUGGUUUGCUGCGGUCUUGUGCUUACCGCGGUAAUGUCGAUGCUGCUCUUCGGGUGUUCGGUCAUCUCGAGAGGGGGCAGAAACUCAUCCCGGGCCUAUCGCUGUACACGCACCUCAUCUCCACUUACGAUAAACACGGCGAUGUCAGCGGCGCGAAGGAAGUUUUUGCAUCCUUCAGGAAAACGUCUCAAUCCGAUGGCAUACACUUGGAAGAGGCAGCCCUGGAUUCGCUGGGCCAGCCGAAGUGGCGGGUGCAGUACCUCACCAUUUGGAACAGGAUGAUCGAUGCGUAUUUCUCGCACGGCCAGGUCUCUGACGCUAUCGAGUUGGUGGAAGAGAUGGUGGGCCCCAAUGCGACCGCGGACUUCCAGUGUGGUGACAUCCCUGCUCCUUCGCCCGCUACCUAUACGAGGGUUAUCAAGGGCUUCAUUCAGUGCGGCGAUUUAGACAGUGCUAUCAUUUGGUUCAACAGGCUCCUUGAACAGCCUCAGGUCCCCGGCAACCCCUACGACUCAUCCUUGCAGCCCACUAAGCCAAGCGCUCAGGCUUGGUCCUCCAUGGUCAACGCGCUGGCCUCGGUACAGCGGAUCGAAGACUUGAAUCGACUUGUUGAUCACGCAUGUCGCGAGAACUUGUAUACCUUCCAUCCCCUCGAGCGUGCUCUGAUUGUCUACGCCAAUAUUCGCUACCUCGAUUCUCAAACCGAUCUUCCAAGGGAAACUAUCCUUACCGAACUCGACCAACUCUAUGAGCAGCACAUUCGCGACAUCAUUGACGGACCUCAAGUCACUGGGAAGUUCUGGGAAACGGCCGAUGAACUCUUGACUGCUUGCUUGGCCAUCGCACGACUUCGCGUGAAGCACGGCGACUAUGCUGGUAUGCUUGACCUUGUCGAAAGCUCUAUCAAGUCGAUCCACCAUGACUACGUUCGCUCGGAGGCAGCUCAAGAGCUCCCGUCAUCCGUCAACCAGGACCGGGCGCAUCGGGCCCGGCGUUUCAUGAGCAACCUAUCUGUCGUUCUACUCCCGACGCCAGAUACUCAAAUUCCACUCAAGUACUUAAUGUGCUUGGCUAUCCUUUCAAAACUUAUCGGAAUGGAUGCUCGCCAGCCGAUCGCCUCAUUUUACGUCGCCGCCUACCUCCGCUCCACUCCAGCUGAACAAGGUUCUCUCUCUGCCGAAGAAUGGCAUGAGCUCUUGGAGGCCAGCGCGAAUGUCAAGAACGGAGAACACAUUGGUUGGACAUCCGCCAAUGACGCGCUUAUGAAACCUUGCCCGCUUCCUUCCCUGGACUUCAUUGCCAUGGUUGAAGACUUCGCUCAUAGGGGUUUCGAAGCCACAAACCUCCCCUUCGAGUUGAGGCACUAUGUGGGCAAUGUGCUCUCCACGGUUUACGAUCUUCAGGAUGCCGCUGUGUUCGCAAGAAUUGUGGCCCUCGGUCCCUCGUACAAAGAUUUGAUCUUGGAGAAGAUGCAUGUCCGCGUGCGUACUCCUGAAUUGACCCAUGAGGUUCCUGUCCAGCAUCCCGAAACUGCUUCCCCUUCCCGCGUCAGGAUCGACACGCACCAGAGUCGGUAUGUGGAGGAAUAUACUGUUCCCUCAUCCGGUGUCUCUGUUGUUUCGGCAUACGAGAGAGCUAUGGCAGGACACCAGAUAUCCGUAUACCCGCGGAUCGAAGUUUGCGCUCGGCUUAUUAACAGCCUAGGGCGAGAACGCGAGGUCGAGAAGGUUCAUAGCCUAUACCAGAUUGCCCAAUUAGUCCUCAGUGCUAUGGAGUCUGACAAGCUGGCGCAGUCUGUGGGUUGGUUCCAGAUCGAGGAUUCGAUGGUUAUCGCCUUUGCACAUGCAGGGGACCUCGACGCCGCGCACGUCCACCGCCUGCGCAUUCUCGAGCAGGGUGGUUGCCCAUCCGCGGAUGCUUACGGUGCCCUGAUCGAGCGCGUCAGCAACACCACAGACGACACUGAGAACGCGUGGCGCCUCUUCCAGGAAGCCAUUGCACACGACACCAGGCCAAACAUCUACCUCUACAAUAAUAUGAUCUCCAAGCUCGCGAGGGCUCGCAAGGCCGACCAAGCGCUCGAGCUUUUCGCUCAGAUGAAAGCGAAGAACAUUCGCCCGUCAUCCGUCACCUACGGUGCUCUUAUCGCGGCCUGCUGUCGUGUCGGCGAUGCGCAGUCUGCAGAAGUGCUUUUCGAGGAGAUGAUCGCACAGCAGAACUUCAAGCCCCGCGUCCCUCCAUACAACACCAUGAUGCAGCUCUACACCCAAACCAAGCCGGAUCGCGCGCGGGCUCUGUACUACUUCAACGCCAUGCUACGAGCGAAAGUGAAUCCAACCGCUCACACAUACAAGCUUCUCAUUGAUGCCUUCGGUGCCAUCGAGCCCAUCGAUAUUCCGGCCAUGGAGAACGCUUUUGCGAAAGCAGUCGCUGAUUCGAACGUUCUUGUGCAAGGCACACAUUGGGCAGCGCUUAUCAAUGCCUACGGUUGCGCGAAGAAGGAUUUAGACAAGGCCGUCGAGGUUUUCGACUCCAUCUCCGCGCACCCGAGCACGGAGAAGGCGCGCAGUCGCCUGCCGGAUGAGGUCGUCUUUGAGGCUCUCAUGAAUGUCUUUGUGACUCUUCGGCGCCCCGACCUUAUGACCAAAUACCAGGCACGCAUGCCCGCGCUCGGCAUUCGGAUGACCGCGUACAUCGCCAACUUCCUCAUCAAGGGCUACGCUGCGUCGGGCAAUAUCGAGGAGGCACGAGCUCUCUUUGAGUCUCUCGCAGACCCACCGACGGGUGUUGCUGCGCCGAACAAUCACGUGCCACAUGAGGAUCAGCCUUCGAGCUCGUCUCCUGUCAUGAGUGUUCCAGCCGGCGUGGUCUUCCGCGAGCCGUCAACAUGGGAAACCAUGGUUCGCGCCGAACUCGGCCACGGCAACCGUGAUCACGCUGUUGCACUCCUACAGCGAGUGCAAGCGCGAGGCUUCCCGCCAGCUGUCUACAACAGGAUAUGUGGCAUCAUGCCCGACGUAUCUGUAUCACCAUGGGGCUCAGAGUCAGAGGCCUCGGCGCCGUCCGCUCCCUCAACUCCCUAAAACCAGCCCGUGGUGCUCCGGAGCACUUCCGUACCGUGCUUCACCUCCUUGCUGGACAUGACUUAUUUAACGAUCACUUUACGAUGCUUUCCUACGUUGCUAGUUGGGUCCCUCGCAAGAGCAAUUACGCGACGCUUUAUGUAGAGUAAUAGUGUAGUAAUAUUGGGUUCAUAAUUAGUACAUCGCCACAAUGACCCGAGCAAUCCAGCUCAGCAUGUACAUCGUAGUUAAUCUAGACGCGCUUUCCGCGAUAAGUCAUCUGCUAGCGCGGACUCUUCCUUGAUAAUUUUGCGGAUAAAAAAUGCAAGGAUGACGACGCCGGUAAGAACGAAGAAGGUGACACCCCAUGGAUGUGCAGAGACGAAGUGUUCGACACUAGUGAGCUUGUUGUUCAGGAACUAGACGAGCUAAAUGAGCAAGACGGGUUUGCGGAGCGUAUGGCAAGUGCAUACCCUAGCCAAGCGUUCGACGAUGUUCUCAGAGUGUUUGUAGGAUAUUGUUCCGGCUAGUAUGCCCUGUACGGCCGAGAAUAUGCUUGUUGACGCAAGCGUAGUCGGAUGACCAAGCUGGUCAACAUCAUAGUACACCAGACGCUGCGACACGUCAGCAC